AUGCGGGAAUGUUAUGGGCGAUGGUAUGAGAUGAAGAAAAUCUGGGACGAACACAAAAACAUUUACACUCCAAAAAGAGUAUUGAAGGGUAUUCCAAAACCCAGGACCCCAAAGGAUUCUGGUCUUUUAACUCCCAUACCACUCUCCAUUUCUCUCGCUAAACCGCCGCCUUAUUCGGGGAAGGGAAAAAAGGUAUUGCCCAAUGCGCCUGACCGUAACCCCAAACCACCUCCAGUGGCUAAUAUGUAUCCAUCGCUAGCCGCGAUGAAGGUCUCCGACGCAGGAGAAACAUCAGCCAAGAAAAACCCAAAGAAGGGGCUAAAAAAGAAACCCAAGGACGAGGAAUCUAGUGAUUCCAGUUCCGACUCUAGCUCUGACAGCUCAGACGAUGACAGUGACCCUGAUGAUGUUGGUCCCGAUGCUGGGACGCUUCCCGAUCCUCCCCCGUGGAAUGCAGCAUGUGUAUGGGUAGCUAAACCCUCAGGAGUACAGGUUACUCCGCCUUCACCAUCUGCUCUGAAAGAUAUCAUUAUUCGUAACUGUCAGCUGACUGGCGCAGAUUAUAGAUUCAUCUUGCAAAGUAAACUAGGCGAUAGUUAUGACGAGGAUAGUUUGCUUGGACACGUCCCGGUGUUAAAAUAUCCGAAUGACGAAGUAGUUAAUGAGGAGAUAAAGGAGGAGGAGGAGGGGGGAGAGGCGGCAGGAGGAGCAGAAGAAGGAGUAAGGCCGCGUAGAAAGAAGAAAACAACACGGGGCGUUGUCACCCCAUGCGUCAGCCCAUACAACACACCGGUUAAUCCUGUUCCAAAACCAGAUGGCUCGUGGAGAUUCACCCAAGAUCUGCGAAAAAUAAACGAACUGAUUAUUCCAGUCGCACCAAUUGUCCCUGACGUCUCCUCCGUCAUAGCCUCAAUUCCAUGUACUCAUACAGUCUUUUCUGUGAUUGACCUCUGUUCUGCUUUCUUCAGUGUUCCUGUAGGGAAGGAGACGCAGCCUCUCUUUGCCUUCACACACAGGGGGCAGCAGUACACGUGGACUAGGCUGCCACAGGGGUAUAUCGAUUCCCCCGCGGUCUUCGCGACCACGGUCAAGAACGCCCUGUCGAGCCUCUGUCUCCCCCCUGAUUCAGUGGUUCUACAGUACGCUGAUGAUCUCCUGGUAACUGCUACCGACUAUGACACCUGCCAGGCGUACACUGGCCCUACUCAAGCACCUGGCUGCAGAGGGUUUUAA